UGCAGGGAUCAAAGCUGGAAAUACCUUUGUGGCUUGCUAAAGGUCUACAUGACAGCAAAAGACGAAUCAUUUCUGUGGAACUGCCAAAGAUUUACAAGGAAGCCUGGAGGACAGUGUUCAGCGCUGAUGCCAAUGUGGUUGAUCUGCAUAAAAUGGGGCCAUACUACUAUGGAUUUGGCUCCCAGCUCCUGAAUUUUGACAAUCCAGAGAAUCCUGAGAUAGCUCAGACUAUCCUGCAGACAUUUAUUAGCCGUUUUCGUCGUAUCAUGGACUCCUCUCAGAAUGCCUACAACGAAGACACAUCAGCACUGGUGGCUCGGCUGGAUGAAUUGGAACGAGCCUUAUUUCGAGCUGGCCAGAAAGGGCUGAAUGACUUCCAGUGCUGGGAAAAGGGACAGGCUUCUCAAAUCACAGCUUCCAGUCUGGUCCAGAAUUAUGGGAAAAGAAAGUUCACAGAUAUGGAUGGUUAAAAGCCUGAAGAACAUGCAGCUACAGUGGGGGACACCGAGAGAUUUACAG